GUGUCUGGAUGGCGAGGGUUCCGGAAGUGUGACUCUGAGAAAUGAGAUGGAGAAGUACGAGCGGAUCCGAGUGGUGGGCAGAGGUGCCUUCGGGAUUGUGCACCUGUGCCUGCGCAAGGCUGACCAGAAGCUGGUCAUCAUCAAGCAAAUCCCAGUGGAACAGAUGACCAAAGAAGAGCGACAGGCAGCCCAGAAUGAGUGCCAGGUCCUCAAGCUGCUCAAUCAUCCCAAUGUGAUCGAGUACUAUGAGAACUUCCUGGAGGACAAGGCCCUCAUGAUCGCCAUGGAAUAUGCACCAGGUGGCACCCUGGCUGAGUUCAUCCAAAAGCGCUGCAAUUCCCUGCUGGAGGAGGAGACCAUCCUGCACUUCUUCGUGCAGAUCCUGCUCGCACUGCAUCACGUACACACCCACCUCAUCCUGCACCGGGACCUCAAGACCCAGAACAUCCUUCUUGACAAACACCGCAUGGUCGUCAAGAUUGGAGACUUUGGCAUCUCGAAGAUCCUUAGCAGCAAAAGCAAGGCCUACACGGUGGUGGGAACUCCAUGUUACAUCUCCCCUGAACUGUGUGAGGGCAAACCCUACAACCAGAAAAGCGACAUCUGGGCCCUGGGCUGCGUCCUCUACGAGCUGGCCAGCCUCAAGAGGGCCUUCGAAGCUGCAAACCUUCCAGCGCUGGUACUGAAGAUCAUGAGUGGCACCUUUGCGCCCAUCUCUGACCGGUAUAGCCCUGAGCUGCGCCAGCUCGUCCUGAGUCUGCUCAGCCUGGAGCCCGCACAGCGGCCGCCGCUCAGCCACAUCAUGGCUCAGCCUCUGUGCAUCCGUGCCCUCCUCAACCUCCACACCGACGUGGGCAGCGUCCGCAUGCGGAGGGCGGAGAAGCCUCUGGCCACUGGGCCACCCCUGGCCCCCGGCAGCGUAAGGGGCAGGACCUCCAGCGCCCGCUGCAGGGGCGUCCCCAGGGCGCCCGGCCGGCCUGCCAUCCCGCCGCCACUGUCGUCGGUGUACGCGUGGGGCGGCGGCCUCAACACUCCCCUGCGGCUGCCGAUGCUCAACACCGAGGUGGUCCAGGUGGCAGCCGGGCGCACGCAGAAGGCAGGCGUCACGCGCUCGGGGCGCCUCAUCCUGUGGGAGGCCCCGCCCCUAGGCGCCGGCGCGGGCGCCCUCCUCCCAGGGGCGGUGGAGCAGCCGCAGCCUCAGUUCGUCUCGCGUUUCCUGGAGGGUCAGUCGGGCGUGACCAUCAAGCACGUGGCCUGCGGGGACCUCUUCACGGCCUGCCUGACCGACCGAGGCAUCAUCAUGACCUUUGGCAGCGGCAGCAACGGCUGCCUGGGACACGGCAGCCUAACUGACAUCAGCCAGCCCACCAUCGUGGAGGCCCUGCUGGGCUAUGAGAUGGUUCAAGUGGCCUGUGGGGCCUCUCAUGUGUUGGCCCUGUCCACUGAGCGAGAACUAUUUGCCUGGGGCCGGGGAGAUUGUGGCCGGCUGGGACUAGGCACCAGGGAGUCCCACAGCUGCCCCCAGCAGGUGCCCAUGCCCUCAGGACAGGAAGCCCAGCAGGUUGUAUGUGGCAUUGACUCUUCCAUGAUCCUCACUGUGACUGGCCAGGCUCUGGCCUGUGGAAGCAACAGGUUCAACAAACUGGGUCUGGAUCACUUUUCACUGAGGGAAGAGCCUGCCCCCCACCAGCAAGUAGAGGAGGCCCUGAGCUUCACAUUACUGGGCUCUGCACCUCUGGACCGGGAGCCCCUGCUGUGUGUGGACCUGGGCACAGCUCAUUCAGCUGCUGUGACUGCCUUGGGUGACUGCUACACUUUUGGCAGCAAUCAGCAUGGGCAGUUAGGCACAAAUGCCCGCCGGGGCAGCCGGGCACCCUGUCGGGUCCAAGGUCUCCAGGGCAUCAAAGUAGCGAUGGUGGCCUGUGGGGAUGCCUUCACUGUAGCCAUUGGGGCAGAUGGUGAGGUGUACUCUUGGGGCAAAGGGGCCCGGGGUCGACUGGGAAGGAGGGAUGAGGAUGCUGGGCUUCCUCGGCCAGUGCAGCUGGAUGAAACACACCCCUACACGGUGACUUCUGUGUCCUGUUGCCAUGGAAACACUCUCCUGGCUGUUCGCUCAGUCACAGAUGAGCCAGCCCCUCCUUGAGCUUCUGGAGAGCCCUUUCAACCACCUUGGCAUUGCUUCUCCUCUGAAUGUUCCUGAAGGGCACAGAUGCCUGAAGAGUGACUAUCCCCACCAGCCCCCUGGAUUGUGUCUUCAGAGGGUUUAAGGGUCAGUGGAGCCCCUGCUUUUGGAUCUGGAUGUGUACUUCAAUCCACUCUAUUUCUCCAAUACCUCUCUUUUCCCUCCCCUUUCCCUCAAUUCAGUGUUCCCAGGGUCCAGUGGCUGGAGUUGGAAGCCAGACCUAGCCUUUGGAAGCAGGGUGGUCUCCAGAGUUUUGGCAAAAAGUGCUGGAAGUGGCUGUGGCCCCACGCAGGCCCCGCCCCUCCCCAGACCAGUUAGAAUAUUCACCCGACCCUCCUGCCCACUGGGAGAGCUGCUCUGUGCGGCAGAGCCGGGCAAGCCAGGGCCUGCCUGGAAUAGCCGUCCCGCCUGCCGGGCCUCUGCAUUGCCCCGGGCACUGAGGUCGAGAAAGGGCAGCGGCCCACCCCCACCACUAUCCUAAGGAGGGAAUUUGGCAGCCUCCACGCGCCUGCUUUCCUCUGGGGUAGUACUGGAAUGGCGAUGUGUCUACCGCAGUGGGGAACACGGCUAAAGGAAGCCCCGCACCCACGCUACUCCCCCGAACUAGGUUCAGGGAAAGGGUAGCUGGCCGGACCAGUUCCCCAAAGGUCUGGGAAAUCGCACCAAUAAAAACAUCA